CUGCUGUACUGUACACAGGGAUGACUGACGCUCCGCUCUGCCUCUCCUCCAGGUGCUGCUGCUGAGCCCGGCUCCCUCCUCCUCCUCCUCCUCCUCCCGGCUCCGCUCCCCCGGCCGGCCGGAUCGCCAUGCUGUUUGAUAGCUUUGAUCUGGUGUCGGUGCUGACCACCCUCGCCGCCUGCCUGGUCUCCGUGGCUCUACUCCUCGCCGUGUCCCAGCAACUCUGGCAACUGCGCUGGGCGGCCACCCGGGACAAGAGCUGCAAGCUGCCCAUUCCUAAGGGCUCCAUGGGCUUCCCACUGGUGGGCGAGACUUUCCACUGGAUACUGCAGGGCUCAAAUUUCCAGUCUUCUCGGAGAGAGAAAUAUGGAAACGUCUUCAAGACUCACUUGCUGGGCCGCCCCCUGAUCAGGGUGACGGGGGCUGAAAGUGUCCGGAAGAUUCUGAUGGGGGAGCACCACCUGGUCAGCGCCGAGUGGCCCCGCAGCACCCGGAUGUUACUGGGGCCCAACAGUCUCGCCAACUCCAUAGGAGACAUCCACCGACACAAGAGGAAGGUGUUCUCGAAAAUAUUCAGCCAUGAAGCGUUGGAGACCUACCUCCCGAAAAUACAGCUCGUCAUCCAAGACACAUUACGGAUGUGGAGCAGCAGUCCCGAUCCUAUCAAUGUCUACUGUGAGGCUCAGAAGCUGACCUUCCGCAUGGCCAUCAGGGUUCUGCUGGGCUUCAGGCUCUCCGAUGAGGAACUCAAUCUCUUGUUCCGGGUGUUUCAACAGUUUGUGGAAAACGUCUUCUCGCUGCCAGUGGAUAUCCCUUUCAGUGGUUAUAGGAGGGGUAUGCAAGCACGUGAGACGCUGAUAAAAGGUUUGGAGAAGGCAAUCCAGGAGAAGCUGCAGAACACUCAGGGGAAGGACUACACGGAUGCCCUGGAUGUCCUUAUCGAGAGUGGCAAGGAGCACGGCAAUGAGCUGACCAUGCAGGAGCUGAUGGAUGGGACUCUGGAGCUGAUCUUCGCUGCCCAUGCCACCACUGCCAGUGCUAGCACAUCGCUUAUCAUGCAGCUGCUGAAGCAUCCAGCUGUUUUGGAGAAGCUGAGGGAAGAGCUGCGCAGCAAUGGGAUCCUGCACAAUGGCUGCGUCUGCGAGGGGGCGCUACGUGUAGACACCAUUACCACCCUUCCUUACCUGGACUGCGUCAUCAAAGAGCUGCUGCGGCUUUACAGCCCAGUCUCUGGGGGCUACCGGACCGUGCUGCAGACCUUUGAGCUGGACGGAUGCCAGAUCCCCAAAGGAUGGAGUGUCUUAUACAGCAUCCGGGACACUCACGACACAUCUCCGGUCUUCAAGGAUGCUGAUGUCUUUGACCCAGACCGCUUUGGGCAAGACCGUACAGAAGACAAAGAUGGCAGGUUUCAUUAUUUGCCGUUUGGUGGUGGAGUACGGAACUGUUUGGGCAAACAGUUGGCAAAGCUUUUCUUGAAGACCUUGGCCAUUGAGCUGGCCAGCAUGAGCAGGUUUGAGCUGGCCACCAGAACUUUCCCAAAAGUCCUACCGGUGCCGGUGGUCCACCCAGCCGAUGAACUAAAGGUCAGGUUUUAUGGACUAGAUUCCAACCAAAAUGAAAUUGUGACGGAAACAGAAGCCAUGCUUAGUGCAACUGUGUAGCCAUCAAGGCCUUCGAUAUCCUUUCCCUGAAAAAAAUAAAUAAAAGAAUACAAACUGGGAAACGAGCACACCAGUCAAAAUCAAAGCUAGAUUAUAACAAGAAAGAAAAAUAUAUCCACGAACAAUACUAACUUAUGUAUACCGAGCCACCAAACCCGUGACUUUAUCUCUGUGGAAUGUUUAACUUAAAUAUAUUAACAUAUAUACAUUAAGUGACGGAAAAAAAAAAGCUGAUCCAGGUCCUAUCUUCAUGAAUCCUGCUGCAGAAAAGGACACUUGGAGAUCACUGGCUGGGCAAGGACUUCACUUAAGGAUUUUUGGAGAGCUGGUGGAUCUCCUUGUCGAGGGAUUCUUGGGUGGUCUCCCAAUGUUUACAAGACCUACCCCUGUUGUUGCUUUCUUGUCUGUACUCCAGAAGUUGUUUCAGUGUUACUCAUAUCAGUGAUACCAGGGUUUCCUACUCUUGUUUAUAUACCUGCCUUAUUUUGUUUUCUUCAAGAUAAAAAAAAAAAAAAGAAAAAAAAAAAAAAAAAGCUUUCCAAGAAAAGCUUGCAAUGACGGGUCAUUAUAUUGAGUGUUCUUUAGCAUGCUAGCAGUCACAGGAUUUACAAUACGAUCGUAGAAGUAAGUUGACAUCUAGGUUGGAUGACCCAACUAAAGCACUGGAAACAGAACGUGUGUUUUUUGUUUUCCAGCCAGACAAUAGAUUGAGGUGAAACUAAAGGUGGACACCACUUAUAGCUACUCCUAUCUUAUUCACAUACCUUCACAAGCAAAAUGGUUGGGCUGGUCCUUGGCCAAUCGAUUCUCACCUAGAGAUCAAAGCAACCUAUGACAGUGGCAGUGCCUUCAGGACCAGUGGACAGGCAAAAUGCAUCAUUGCAAAGGUCUUUGCCUACAGAGUUGAUGUAAUUGUUUGUACUAAAAAAAAAAAUUUGUGGUUGUUUUUCUUGCCAUGGUGAGCCCACCUGAAUCUAGCGUAUGACAAUACAUACAUUUCAGUUUAAUUUUUUU